GAGUGAUUGAUUCACCCACCAACGAGAACAGAAGAACUGGAAUUAAGCGAUCGAAAUCAUGAAAGAGAUUGGAUUUCGUCGAUAGGGACGGGAAGAUCGCUCAUUCGAGCUGAAUUGUUGAUUGCCUAUAUAUAUAUAUAUAUAAACAGUGAGAGCUUGACAGGAGGAGGAAGAAUAACAAGGAUGGGUGACGCAGCGGAUUUGUCAGGGUCCUUGAUCCAGAGGUCUAUCCUUGCAUCUUCGUCGUCUUCUUCUUCCUCAUCCAUCUUUGAUAACUUUCCUCUCAUUUCUGCUCUGAUCGCUUUCGCUCUCGCUCAAUCCGGCAAAUUAUUGACCACCUGGUACAAGGAAAGACGAUGGGAUGCUAAGCAACUCAUUAGCUCUGGUGGAAUGCCGUCAUCUCAUUCUGCCACAGUUACUGCUCUUGCUACAGCUAUUGGAUUCAAUGAUGGCUUUGGAGGAUCACUGUUUGCUACUGCAAUGAUCUUAGCUUUUAUUGUGAUGUAUGAUGCUUUUGGUGUUAGAUUACAAGCUGGACGUCAGGCUGAGGUGUUGAAUCAAAUCGUAUAUGAGCUUCCAGCAGAGCAUCCGCUCUCUGACACCAGACCAUUGCGUGAACUUCUUGGUCACACUCCUACUCAGGUUAUUGCUGGUGGAUUGCUAGGAAUUCUCACAGCCUCCAUUGCCUAUUUGAUCAAGAAAGUCUUUUCUCAAGUUUGAUGCUAUGUAUAUGCCAUACAGUUGACCUUUGAACACUGAUUACGUAUUGGCACUGAAUGACACAAAAGCUACUUGCCUGAACUGGUGACUUGCAUCUGAAUACGAAGCCCAUAUUUUUUGUAAUUCUGUCUUGACUACACUUGCUUCCUUCUGCAUUGCUCUCUUCUUUCCAUUUGGAUUACAGUAUGUUCAAAAUGAUCUUUAUUGAUUGUAACAGUGAUUGAAAAUUGAAAAGUAUUUGUUAUUUUCUGUUCUGCAAGUG